AUGUUAUUACAAAAGGUGAUUAAAUCAAAUUCUGAUGAAGGUAAAAAAUAUUCUAUAAGACAAUCAUCAACAUCUGAAAAUCUUCCAGUAACUUAUGAAAUUCCACGAAUGCCACGAGAAAAAGAAAUUAUUGAAAAUGUUAUAAUUUUAUGUAUAUUUUGUAAUGGUCCUUGUAUUGAUGAUUCUAUUCAUUGUGGUGUUUGUAUGAAAACUUAUCAUUAUCAAUGUCGAUAUGAACUUGAUAAUGUUAAUGAUCAAUCCAGUUUAUUGCCAAGUCUUCGAAAACAAUAUAAUAGUUGUUUAGAAUGUGAAGAUCUGACACAAUUAUUAACUGAAGAUGAAAUUAAUUAUUUAAUUUCUAUAUUCAAACAUAUUGAUCAAGAUAAAGAUGGUUUUAUUAUCUUAAAAGAUUUUCUCGCAUUUUGUACGAAUGGAAUAUUAUUAGAUAAAUUUCAUUUAUUUACUUUGAAUAAUAUUGAUUUAAAUAAAGUACAUUUUAAUAUAAUGGAUUCAAGACAAAAUAGGAAUGUUGCAUGGGUGGAUUUUGAACGUUUUUAUAUUUGUAAAUUAAUUGCUGCAAAAAAUCAAAUUGAAUUAACAACAAAAUUAAGUGAGAAUGAAUUGAUGGUAGCAAAACGACUUUAUAUGACAGAUCCACAUUUAAAAAUUGAUAAGAAACGUAAUUUAAUUAUAACGAAACGUCAUUUAAAUCAAAUUUCACAUGAACUUAUAGUAACAAAUAAAAAGAAAUAUGGAGGUAAUUUUAUUGAUGCUAUUUUACAUGAAAAUGAAAAUAUUGACGAAAUAUUUGAAAAACGUUCUGUUAUUACUUGGGAUAAGUUUCUUUGUGAAAUAUGUAUAUCAAUUAUUUUAAAUCGUUCGAAUUAUGAAAUAAACAAUCAAGAGGCAACUAUUCAUUCUUCAUAUAUUAAUUUGCAAUAUGAUACAACAAAUAAACAUAGAAAAAUCAUAGAAAAAUUAAAACAAAAACAUUUUGAUUCAUCAAGUACAUGGUCUAUUGUUGAAAAUGAAGAUACUUAUGAUUUACUAAAAUUGAAAAUUAAUGGUAGAGAUGAACGACAAACAAUAAGUGAACCAUGGUCUAUUGUUAAAGAAAUGGAACGAUUAAGAAAUAAACCAAUAUUUAUUACAACAACUACUCAAAUACUUUAA